AUGGAUGUGACAAUGUUCCAAGAGUGCAAGACUAUUACCAAAAAUGAAGUCCACACUCCCUUCAAUACAAUGAAGCACCCGCCACCCAAGGAACUCCGCAAUUAUAGAAAGCACAACGAUCUCGUUGCUACUCCGAGUGCCACCGCCGCCUCGCACCUCGCUAGGUAA